CAUAAAGUUUGAAGGCAUUUGUUCGAUUAUACCACUAGUGUUUCCAUUAUUUUAAAAAAUGUUUGGUCCUACAUGCUGAUUUGUAGUGUAAGCCUGGUUUAUAAUACCUUUGACCUCAAUAAAGAUAUAGUGUGUGAUAUAGUAAAGUCUACCUCACAACAAAUUCAGAAUUAUGUUUAGAAUACAACAGUGGUAUAGGUACUUUUCUAAAGACUCUUGCAUGCUGCACUAGUCUCAAAGCUUUGUGAAUAUGGUUCUUAAAAACAGACUAAGACUAUUAUGAAUUAUUGCUAAAACUUAUCUUCAAUACAAUAUUUUGAAUACCUGGGAUUGAAUACUAUAAUUUGUUGUACAAGUUUUAUAGAGGAACACUGGAAAAUUCUUAAAUGUUUCACUUGCAUUUGAAAUAUUUGAAAAGCAUCAUCAAAAGUAAGACAUAUCACUUUUGCAGUGUAUUAUUGCAAAAUAUAUUGUAUUAUUUGAUCUCAUGAUGGAACAGUUUCACCAAGUAAAAGAUCCUACAAUCUACAAUAUUACAUAUAGUUCGAUCAAACAGAUUUUUCUGUAGUACGUUUUUUCAUUACUGUUAAAACUUAUUCAUAUGCCCAUUUGCUGGUGAUAUUUAUUUAUACAGUUUAUAUUAUUUCAAUGGUAUAGGGUGCUGUUCCCAAAGGUAAUGCAACCAAAGAGAUGAUUAUGCAGAUGGGGUUCCAGGAAGGUCAAGUGAUAUUUAAAUGCCCCAAAUGCUGCAGUAUCAAACCUGAUAGGGCCCAUCACUGUUCUGUAUGUCAGAGAUGCAUAAGGAAAAUGGACCACCAUUGUCCUUGGGUCAACAACUGUGUUGGAGAGCAUAAUCAGAAGUAUUUUGUACUAUUUACUUUUUACAUUGCCACCAUAUCUAUACAUUCCCUCUUCCUGGCAGUAAACCAAUUCCUGAUGUGUAUCCGUCACGAAUGGAAAGAAUGUACCACCUACUCUCCACCAGCAACUGUAGUUUUACUUUUGUUCCUUAUGUUUGAAGCUUUACUCUUCGCCAUCUUCACGGCUGUUAUGUUGGGCACACAGGUGCAAGCAAUUUGGAAUGAUGAAACAGGAAUCGAGCAGCUAAAAAAAGAAGAAGCAAGGUGGGUGAAAAAGUCCAGGUGGAAAAGCAUCCAGGCUGUAUUUGGAAGGUUUUCCUUGAUGUGGUUUUCUCCGUUCGCCAAGCCUGUCCCUAAGUUUAAAAAUGAAAAUGACUUACUCUAUUCUGUUUAGACUAGUUAAUAAGUAAUUAUUUAUUUGUGAUCAAACUUUUUUAAUGGUUUAUCAAUGAUUUUAUUCAUCACAUAGCUUUCAAACUGUCGACCUUAUUGGAUUUGGGUCCACUUGUGUGCAUAUCUGGUAAUUAUUUAUUCUCACACGAGGUGGUCUUUUUGUUAAUAAAUAUUUGUAAAAACUUA